UUUGAAACAUUUAUUUCAGGGAUUUCUAUUCAUCUCGCUGUGCAAGAAACAGCAAUUAUUACCGUGGGCUGCACUUCAUCCACUGUCUGAGAGCUUGGUGUUCUUAUUUUGGCGCAUCUAGCUGCCUGCUCUGGUUUAGUUCAACUGUCUCAGUCCAUUAGCUCAUAUCGUAAACCUUCAUCAUUAUCAUGAACUACUCACGAUAUAUCAAUGCAGUGAGUGCAGCUCGAAAAAUAUCGCCCAUCAGAGCAUUGACCGAAUUGCUGCAGAGAAGUCCGCCGACCAUGAUCUCCCUCGCUGGAGGAAUGCCGAACCCCAACAUGUUCCCCUUUGAGACCGCCAGCUUCACCAUCAAGGGUGGAAGGAGUAUCACGUUUGGCCAGGAGACCAUGAAGCGAGCUCUACAAUACUCCCCCUCAUCGGGAAUUCCAGAGUUAAUUUCCUGGAUGAAGGAUCUGCAGAAAAGGCUUCACAACCCACCGACCAUGAGCUACAGCCCGGAGCAAGGGCAGAUGGACUUGUGUGUCACCAACGGCAGUCAGGAGGGGCUCAGUAAGGUGUUUGAGAUGCUUAUCAGUCGUGGGGACAACAUUCUUCUGGACUGCCCCACGUACUCUGGGACCCUUGCCACGCUCCAUCCACUGGGGUGCAAGAUCCUCGCCGUGUCGAGUGAUCAACACGGGAUCAUUCCCCAGUCCCUGUCCGACAUCCUUUCGAGAUGGAAGCCGGCGGAUGCGAAGAACCCCGACUCCAAUAUCCCGAAAUUACUGUACACUAUUCCAAAUGGUGGAAACCCAACUGGAGCCUCCAUUAGUACUGAGAGAAAGAAGGAGAUAUAUCAGAUUGCCAGAAAAUAUGAUUUACUGAUAAUUGAGGAUGAUCCUUAUUUCUUCCUGCAGUUUGAAAAGCCUUGGGGUCCAUCAUUCCUUUCUAUGGAUGUAGAUGGGCGAGUACUCAGGAUGGAUUCCUUCUCCAAGAUCUUGUCUUCAGGGCUGCGGAUAGGAUUCGUAACUGGUCCGAAGCCACUCAUCAAUCGAGUCGUUCUCCACAUCCAAUCCUCUACAAUGCACACCAGCACAUUCACACAGCUCAUGGUUGUCGAGCUCCUGCAACAGUGGGGACAGAGUGGAUUCUUGCAGCACGUUGACAGAGUGAUUGAAUUCUACAGCAAGCAGAGGGAUGCCAUGCAGUUGUCUGCAGAAAGAUGGCUGAAAGGUUUAGUUGACUGGAAUAUUCCAAGUGCCGGCAUGUUCUACUGGAUGAAGCUAAAGGGGAUCCCGGACACUCACCAACUCAUCUCGGAGAAAGCCGUGCAAAAGGAGGUGUUGUUUGUUCCUGGUUCUGUAUUCAUGGUUGACAGCUCAGCGCCCUGUGCCUACGUGCGUGCUGCUUUCUCCGUUUCUACACCUGAAGAAAUAGACCAGGGUUUACAAAGACUAUCUGCACUCAUCAAGGAGUCGGUGUAGUGCUGCUUCCCGCACACGACACACAAUGAAGCCCAGAGUAAUUGAAAUCAGAAAUUACCUCAUUUGUUAUGGUGUUGAAUCAUCUUGUAAAUCCGGAAAUGAGGGCGGCUUCACCAGAGAUUUAAUGUUUGGGAGGAAAAAACCCCAUCAGUGCCAAAUAUCACUGGCACACCCACCAAAGAACAGAUAGAUGAUGAUUUUAAUUUUCUUUGGAUAAUUUGCUCCACACAAACUUGUUUGUCUGAUCAUUUUGAGCAUUGUGUCAGUAAAAAUCCCCUUUAUUCUGCCUGUGCCAAGAGCAGAAUUUGCUAUAAUCCAUUACAAUCCUUCCUUUUCUGCAGAGGUGAUGCCUGACCCACUAAGUUACUUCAGCACUUUGCGUCUAUCUUCGGUAUAAACCAGCUCCUUCCUACACAACCCUUGUACCUUGUGGUCAUCACUUCCGAAGAGUCCACCUGGAAUACUGGAAGUUGGACAAUUUAUACUGGACAAUUUUUACAUUUAUCAAGCCAAUUAACCUACAAACCUGUGCGUCUUUGGAAUGUGGGAGGAAACCGAAGAUCUCGGAGAAAACCCACGCAGGUCUGGGGAAGAACGUACAAACUCCGUACAGACAGUGCCCAUAGUCGGGAUCGAACCCGGGUCUCCGGUGCUGCAUUUUUGCUGUGGCAGCAACUCUACCACUGCGCCACCGCGACUGCCACUCUUUCACUGUAUCUCAGUACACAUGCCAAUAAUAAACCAAUACUAACACCAAUA